GUGUGUGUGUGUGUGUGAGGAACGGGUAGCCUAUCGGUCGGGCUGUGUACGUGGUGUGGGCGAGAGUGUUCAUUGCGUGCGUGGAUUUGGAGAGCGAGGAGCGAGCGCAGCACAAGGAGCGCACUCCAGGCGAGCAUUGUAGUGUUUACACGGCGGCAGCAUGGCUUCGUCUCACGGGAGAUGCGACCUAAGGUUCGCCGACUGGAUGUCAAGUUUACCGCAGACCAUGCAUACCAUCCCGCUCACCAAUCUGGCCAUUCCCGGUUCCCAUGACUCUUUCAGCUUCUACAUCGACGAGUCGUCCCCAGUGGGCCCGGAGCAGCCCGAGACGGUGCAGAACUUUGUGUCCGUGUUCGGAACGGUGGCCAAGAAGCUGAUGAGGAAGUGGCUGGCGACGCAGACCAUGAACUUCACCUGCCAGCUGGAGUCGGGCGUGCGCUUCUUCGACCUGCGCAUCUCCACCAAGCCCCGUGACCCCGACAAUGAGCUGUUCUUCGCCCACGGGCUCUUCAGCGCCACGGUCAGGGAGGGCUUGGAACAGAUCAGUACUUACCUGUCAUCGCAUGCCAGAGAGGUGGUGUUCCUGGACUUCAACCACUUCUACGGGGUGCAGAACCUCCACCAUGAGAAGCUGGUCACCAUGCUCAAAGACAUCUUUGGAGACAAACUGUGUCCCGUCAUCUUCGCUCAAGAGUUGACCCUGCAGUAUCUGUGGGAGAAGGAGUUCCAGGUGCUUGUGUUCUACCAUCACCCGAUGGCUCUGGAGGUCCCUUUCCUCUGGCCCGGCCAGAUGAUGCCCUCCCCCUGGGCCAAUACCACCGACCCAGAGAAGCUGGUGCAGUUCCUCCAGGCCUCCAUCACCGAUCGCAGGAGGAAGGGCACCUUCUUUGUUUCCCAGGUGGUGCUGACCCCCAAAGCCAGCACCGUGAUGAAAGGAGUGGCCAGCGGUCUGAGGGAAACCAUCACAGAGAGGGCCCUGCCGGGCAUGAUGCAGUGGAUCCGGUCCCAGCGGCCGGGGGAGAACGGCAUCAACAUCAUCACGGCGGACUUCGUGGAGCUGGGGGAGUUCAUCAGCGCCGUCAUCACGCUCAACUAUCACCUGGACGAUGAGGAUGACUACGCCACCUGAGAGCUUCCGCCCGAGGGCUCUUCUCUCUCUCUCUCGCUCUCUCUCUCUUGCCUGU